CACAAUGGCCACAUUGCCACUCGUUCGUAAUCUACACGCAAACUAACGUCUCAACGCAGCUGCCUACCAAAGCUCAGGCGAAGACUGCAGUCGCUUAAGCCUCCCCUGGCAAAAACAUGGCACAAAAGCAGCUUUUUGCAGCCCUUCUUGUUACCGCUUUUAUGACACUUCUCAAAUGUAUACAUGUCGACUACAGAGGUGUUUUCAUUGCGAGUCCGGAAAUGAGGAAGUUUGUAGGAACAAGAGAGCCUAUAUGGACGUACAGUGAGACAGGAACGAGUCUUGUCCGAUGCAAGGUGGACAUAACGCGGACUAUGAACGACAGAGCGGUUUUAUUCAGAAGAAUGUACUCAUAUGCGGGACAAAAGUAUUCUUCCGAUCAGUGGGGAGUGUUCGAUAAACUUUACAAGGAGAGGAUGUCCAUAAGGCCUGCAGGCCCUACAUUUUACCAAAUGGAACAGGUCAUAUUUAUGUCUCAGGACUACAGUUGUGCAGUGAUUAUGACAACGUUGAUUGGUACACAUGUCUACAUAGCGCCCACCCGCUGGUACGAGCUUCGAGUGAGGAAUUCUGCCAUUGCCACGGGGCCUCACGAGGAGUGUUUGCAAGAAUUCAAGUCUGUGACGUAUCCGAGACGCAUUGUUUAUACACCGGACUGCCAGAGACUGCUUGCUACCGCUCCGACAGCCGACACAAAAUAUUAAUAAAUAAAUAUGCGGUGCACGGC